AUGCCAAACACUGCCAUUACACCUACUGCUGGACUCAAGCUUCAACUCCAAGGGUACGUCAAGAAAGACCUCACAGCCGGGGACGAACUCACAGUAUCUUACGAUGAGAAUGACAACUACAUGACAUGGACCGAGAGAGCAGCGGAUAUGAAGACAACAGGAAACCAGGGCAUUGAAGUUUGCAGAUGCUCACACUGCAAACUCCAGCCAGAGAACCGCCUCGUCAGCGAUAUGCGUCGCAAACUCAUGCGUCAUCUGAUUUACGCUUGCUUCGAUCGAGUUGGUGGUGAUGAUAGUAUACUACCACCCGUCUCAGCGAAAUUUCGAGCUCAGAGUCUAUAUGCUAGAAAGAGCCCCUUUGACUUUCUCCUCUUUGCCCAGCUUGCCGAAGCCGAGGGGGUUGCUACUGGUAGAAUGCCACGCAUGAGUUACACACAAGCCGCACUCGCGAUGCUUUGUUGGACACGGGAAAAAAAAAUGGGGGAGUGA